AUGACAUUGGACUAUGAUUUACCAACAGUUAUGAUUGAGGGCGAUAAUAGUGCUAAAAGCGAUACUGUAGUCAACGAUGGAUCUACAACCGACCCACGUGAGGAUAAUGAUAGUAGCAACGAUAACAGGGAAAAAGCAUUCAAUGCUAAAGUUGAAGAUUAUAAAAAUGAUUUAAUUAUUAAUGCGUUAAAACAUGAAACAGCUGGAAAGAAAGUUGGAAUAGAUUGUAAAUUUCAUUCCUGGUGUCGCCAAUUUUUUAAAAUUGAUAUUAGUUCUGGGGUCGAAAUGUUAUGUUCGGCUAAACAUAGUAAAAGGUUGGUGAUUUCGGAAGCAUAUGAUCAAGUUUUACAAGAUGUUCAUAUAAGAACUGGUCAUGGUGGUCGAGAUAAAAUGCGGCAUGAAAUAAAUCAGUAUUAUUUUUGGAUACCAUCAAAAGUUAUUGAUAUUUUUUUAUCGACAUGUAUUGCAUGCCAAGUACGGAAACCCUUAAAAAAUCAUAUUGUAUCAACAUCAGUCGUUUCCAUUGGUUUUCUAACAAGAUUAGAAAUAGAUCUUAUUGAUUCACGUACAAGACCCGAUGGUGAUUAUAAAUGGAUUCUACAUUGUCGAGACCAUUUUAGUAAAUUCUCAUGGGCUUAUCCAUUAAGGACCAAAGAAGCUGCACACGUUGCUCAAAAUUUGUCAUCUUUAUUCUACCAGUUUGGACCAUGCAAAAUAUUACAAUCUGAUAAUGGAAAAGAAUUCACGGCUGGUGUUAUUAAAGAUUUAAAAUUGAUAUGGCCUGGUGUAGCGAUCAUCAAUGGUCGACCAAGACAUCCCCAAUCACAGGGGUUAGUAGAAAGGAGUAAUGCUACCUUAUAUGAUAUUCUUGGUAAAAUUCUUCAAGAUCGUGGUGCGGAUAGAUGGACAGAACGCUUACCAGUAGCAGUUUAUUCAAUGAACACUAGCUUAGCUCGUGGUGUUAAAACAACUCCAUUUGAAAUUGUUUUUGGACAGAAACCAAGAUCUCCUCCAUCUACACCUACUCUUAUAUCAAAUUUUGGUGAAGAGGCAACGGAUAGCUGCAUUAUUAAUACAACAGAUUUAUUAACCGUAACAGUAACAGUGGCUUAUGAUGAUAAUGUAUUACAAUCAAUCCAAGAUACUGCCCCAAGUUCAAAUACAAAUAAUGCAGAUUCUUUGUUUGAUCAAACGGAUCUGUUCAAUCUUGGUGACGAUGGUUCACGGCAUGCAGUUAUUCGGCAACAAGCAGCUGCUUCUUAUUUACUGAAUGCACAAAAACAAAUCAUCGCACGUAAUACUCAUGUGAAAAAUUUGUCGGAUAAUUGUAAAAUUAGCAGAAAGUGA